AUGGCCGUGAACGCAGUUCUCAGCAUGCUCAAAGGAUGUGUUCUUGGUGGCCUCAACUUGCGUUGGAACACCCAAGCAUCGCUGCCGCGUUCGCAGAGAUUGCCCAACACCCGUCCUUUGAUAGGUACUUUGAGAUUUAUGUCGAGCGCUAUGCAUACCUCUGGGACUAUUGUUUCCGCGUGGCUUUCGUUGCCGGUGUGCUGA